GGGGCUGAGCCGCGGGGGAUCCUGGAAUCGGCGGGGAGGUGGGGAUUCUGGGAGGAAAACUCCAUUUCCUCCUUCCCCGCCGGCCUCUCCCCUCCACCCUGGCACCCCAAGUUUCGAUGUGUCGCCUCCCGGGCGCAGAGCGCCGGUGUUGAGCGAGGCGGCGGCCAACGCGGCUGGCAAAAUGCUGGGCAUGUACGUGCCGGACAGGUUCUCCCUGAAGUCCUCCCGAGUUCAGGACGGGAUGGGGCUCUACACGGCCCGCAGAGUGAGAAAGGGUGAAAAGUUUGGACCAUUUGCUGGAGAGAAGAAAAUGCCUGAAGACUUGGAUGAAAAUAUGGAUUACAGGUUGAUGUGGGAGGUUCGUGGGAGUAAGGGAGAAGUUCUAUACAUUUUGGAUGCUACCAACCCACGACACUCCAACUGGCUUCGCUUUGUUCAUGAGGCACCAUCUCAGGAACAGAAGAACUUGGCUGCCAUUCAAGAAGGAGAAAAUAUUUUCUAUUUGGCAAUUGAAGAUAUAGAAACAGAUACAGAGCUUCUGAUUGGCUACCUGGACAGUGACAUGGAGGCUGAUGAUGAAGAACAGCAAAUUAUGACAAUGAUCAAAGAAGGAGAAGUCAAAAAUUCUAAAGGACAAUCAACAGCUGGCAGAAAAGAUCGCUUUGGCUGUAAAGAGGACUAUGCCUGUCCCCAGUGUGAAUCGAGUUUUACCAGUGAGGAAAUUCUUGCUGAGCAUCUUCAGACAUUGCACCAGAAACCCACAGAGGAGAAGGAAUUUAAGUGCAAGAGCUGCGGGAAGAAAUUCCCAGUUAAGCAGGCUUUGCAAAGACAUGUUCUUCAGUGCUCAGCGAAAAGCAGUCUGAAGGAUUCUUCACCAAGUUUUCAGUGCUCUGUUUGCAAUUCUUCCUUCAGCUCAGCGUUGAGUUUUGAGCAGCACCAGGAGACUUGCCGGGGAGAUGCCAGGUUUGUGUGCAAGGCUGACAGCUGUGGAAAGAGGCUGAAGAGCAAGGAUGCCCUGAGAAGACACCAGGAAAAUGUCCACGCCGGAGAUCCGAAGAAAAAGCUCAUAUGUUCAGUGUGCAAUAAAAAGUGUUCUUCAGCAUCAAGCCUACAGGAACAUAGGAAGAUUCAUGAGAUAUUUGAUUGUCAAGAAUGUAUGAAGAAAUUCAUUUCAGCUAAUCAGCUAAAACGUCAUAUGAUUACCCACUCAGAAAAACGACCCUAUAAUUGUGAGAUUUGUAACAAAUCUUUCAAGAGGCUUGAUCAAGUGGGUGCCCACAAAGUAAUACACAGUGAAGAUAAGCCUUACAAAUGCAAGCUUUGUGGAAAGGGAUUUGCUCACAGAAAUGUUUACAAGAAUCACAAGAAGACCCACUCUGAAGAGAGGCCCUUCCAGUGUGAGGAGUGUAAAGCUUUGUUCCGGACCCCAUUUUCUUUGCAGAGACACCUGCUCAUCCAUAACAGUGAGAGGACUUUCAAGUGUCAUCACUGUGAUGCUACCUUUAAAAGGAAGGAUACCUUAAAUGUUCAUGUCCAGGUGGUCCAUGAAAGACACAAGAAGUACAGAUGUGAGCUGUGUAAUAAAGCGUUUGUUACACCUUCAGUGCUUAGAAGUCACAAGAAGACACACACAGGAGAAAAGGAGAAAAUCUGCCCAUAUUGUGGCCAGAAGUUUGCCAGCAGUGGUACACUGCGAGUUCAUAUCCGCAGCCAUACAGGUGAACGUCCCUAUCAAUGCCCUUACUGCGAAAAAGGAUUCAGUAAAAAUGACGGGCUGAAGAUGCACAUUCGUACUCACACCAGGGAGAAGCCGUACAAGUGCUCAGAGUGCAGCAAGGCCUUCAGCCAGAAGCGAGGCCUGGAUGAGCACAAGAGGACGCAUACCGGGGAGAAGCCUUUCCAGUGUGAUGUCUGUGACUUGGCUUUUAGCCUGAAGAAAAUGCUGAUCCGACACAAGAUGACCCAUAAUCCCAAUCGCCCGCUGGCCGAAUGCCAGUUUUGCCAUAAGAAGUUUACAAGGAAUGACUACCUCAAGGUGCACAUGGACAAUAUCCACGGCGAAGCUGACAGCUAGUGGUAGCUGCACAGGAAUUAAGCCAUUCAGAAGGGCUCCUGAUAUGAAACCCAGAUUUCUCUCACCUGAUUAGCAUAGCAGAACUAGGCAAAAGUAAUUCACUGGUCUCAGAGUUCUUAUUUGCCGAACUUUAGAGUCUGUAGAUAAUAUGCCAAAAAAAAAAAAAAAAAAAAACCCAAAAAACUACUUUUAUCAAGAAACAGUACAAAUGGAAAAAAAAAACUUUGUAGCCUUUCAAAAGACUACUGUGUUAUGUCUUAUAAAAAUGGAAAAAGUUGCUAUGGCUCUUCUUCUUGGCCAUCUCUCUAUAAUGAAGUUUAUUAACAUACCCCUUAUGAGGCUCCUUUAUUUCGUUAUCCCUGUGUGUGCUUGUGGGUAUCUGCGUGUGUGUGCAUCUGCGUGUGUGUGUGUGUUUGUACAUGCUGGUUAUUGCAACUGGUUAUUACCAGUUUAGCCAGAAAGAAAUGAAGAUUUCCAAGCUAUUUCAUUGCAGAUAAGGAUAAGAGGCAAGAGUAUUCAAAGUCUCUAAUAGGAUAAAAUCUGCUAUUCUGUGAAACAGACCAAAAGUUGAUCUUAUUUAAUAGCUCCCUAUAACAGGUCAGUUUAAAAUAAAGAGGUAUUUAGGAACUAAAACAUCUAUUGAAAUAUUGCUUAUUCCAGACAAUUCUUAGGAAACAUUUCCUCUCAUCAUACAGAUAUGGACAUUCAUGGUCUGGAAUGCUUUUAUAGGAUCUACACAAAAAUAUUAAAUACACUUAAAUAUUUAUCAAGCUGAUCCUCCUGAGUUUGUGCUAGCUAUCUUUAGAAAUUAACAAUAUACAAAUAUACAUAACUAAAACUUGAAACAGCACAGCUCUCAGUAUCUGUUGACUGACAGAGUGCCAGCACGACAGGCGUGUUACAGUAUUAGUCAUGAUGAGCCUGGCCCUGUACCCUCUCAUUCCACAGGAGUGCGCAGAACAUGUUAGUACAGAUAAGAGUCCUCAGAGCACUUACACUCUGUUUUGCAAAAGAUAUUUUCCAGAAUCUUGGCAGUAGGUGAUUCUGAAACACUUCUGAAUUACCCCCCAUCCUGUAUAAUCAGGAAUCCAGAAUAAAAAAUCCAAACAAACCUGGCAAUUUAACAAUCGAAACAGUGACUGAAAUAAUCACUGAUGCAUAAGGGAAUCUGAAGCAAGAAGCAUUUCUUCUUUUAAGGCUGUAUUUCAAUUAAAUACUGGAGAGCAACACACAAUGAACAGCUUAUUUGGGGAGAAGAUGUGAUAAAAUGUAACAGUGUUGUCAAAACACCAUAGAAGAAUCCAAAAACCAGGAAAAAAAAUUAAAAUGAAGCCCAAUUCAUGAACUUUUUUAUUUGGAGACCACUCAAAAGAAAGGAGCAAGGGAGGGUAUAGCUCAAGUGGUAGAGCGUGUGGUUAGCGGGCACGAGGUCCUGGGUUCAACACCAGUACCUCCUCCAAAUAUAAAUAAAUAAAUAAACCUAAUUCCCCCCCCCCGCCUCAUAAAACAAAUUAAAAAAAAAAGAUGUAAUUUCAAGGAAGUUAUUUAGUUCUAAUGGUUUACGGAGAAAGGUUAUCUGAUGACACAAUUCUUUGAAAUUAGAAAACUUGAUUUAGAAUUAUAUUUAUGCUCAGUUUAUUUUAAAAAGAAACAAAGAUUCAUUAAAGAUAUUUAAACUCAGUAAAAAUACUAGAUUUGAGACUCUAGAGCUAACUUUAAAAUAUAUAAAUGCCCAGAUUCUAAUUUAGAAGGUAUCUCAGUAUGGCUAUAUGUAAUGUAGCAUUUGUAUCUGACGUUAUAGACUGUAUUUCAUACCAAUAGAUUUUGGUCUUGUUUCUCACUAUGUCAUUUGUUUCAACAGUAUAUUUUUAGAACUCAAGUGUUUUCAGUUUAACGUGACUGUGUGUUUAAUAUCAUUUGAAUACAAAGGACAGCUGUAAAAUUUUGUAGUGUGUAUAUUUAAUCACGUUCUGCUCAUUCCUUCGGAUGCUGCCUUCUCUGAAAUGGAUGCUCCAUGGCCCGAUUAUGUGAUGAAUGUGAAACUUGAAAGGAAGCCAAAUGCCCAUUUUGUUUAAUCUCAGUGGCUCACAACUGACAGGGCUGCUGAGGAAAUCACCCUGGGAACCAUGCUACGGCCAUGUGGUGGAGUAAACUGAUGAGGAUGAGGCGCUGGGUCUGACCAGGCUGAAGGUCAGUAGUCAAGCAGAACUUUUCAAAAUCCUGUGUAAAGACCUCUUGGGGCACCACCCUUUCUUUUCAAAGCACUGAAACCAAAACAGGUCCUUAGAAGACUGUUUGUAUGCUGUCACCUUUUAUCCAAAAGACCACUACUUAUAAGCAUCUCAGAUAUAUUAGUAUUUCUGUCCUGCAACUUUUGGACCACUUAGCAAUAACAAAAAUAUGAGAAUUGAUUUUUUUAGGUUUGAGAAAUUAAGAGCAUAAAUACAGUCCUAGAGGAAAAGUCUCAUAGGAAAGCUGGAGAGCACGUACCCACUUUGAAGUCUUUCUCUUCUUUCCUGCUGUGAAAGGCUACGGUUCUGGUACUAUCUUGGGAAAAGGCCACACUCUUUUACCUUGAAGUCAGGGCUAAGGAAUUUUGAAAGGUAUUCAAUAAUACGGGUAGGCUCAGAUAUGGGUUUAUAAUGACUCUCUUUGUAUAUUAAACAUUCAAAAUAUUUGUGAAAAAUCCUGAUUUUCACAAAUGUAAUGGAAGGAUGCUAAAAGUUAUGGUGAAUGUUUUAGGUAUUACCUUUUUAAAAGUGGCAUUUCAUCACUUUGGUGUUGCCUCAAUCCUGUGAGGUUUCCCUGAUACAAAAAAAAAAAAAAUUACCAUCAUUGUGUCUCCAAAUAGUAGAUUUAGAAAUGAUACAUGAUUUAACCAGCUGAGGCACUAGUAGUUUGGAACUUUCAUAGGCUUAACUACCUUGGGCUCAAAACCAUGUUAUCAUCGCAGGUUAAUUUAUUGCAUAACAGAAUAAAAAAUUAACUCUGGAGCCUUCAGUCUGGGCCAGGUCAGAAUAUUCUAGAUUUCCUAGACCUGUGAACUAGUACACAACUAGUACAAAAUGGUGCUGCUGAUCCAGCGUUCAAGUUUAUUUUCUACCUUUUAUUAAAAAUGUGUAGCACGGUAGUGUAAAACAGCAUAUACAUAAAUGUUUGCUUUUGUUACAGAAUAAGCUACCGACGUGCUUGAUGGCAUAUUUAACUUCCUAAUCCUGCAAACAUUUAAGCAAUUAGAACAAGUUCCUGUGCCACCUUGGCCUAUUACAUAGCAGAAGGAAACUAAGAAUUUGGGUAAUGUUGAUAAUUCAAAUGCUGAAAAUUGAGAAGGGACGUGAGAUCACUGAAACUUGAUCAUCUAGACUAAUGUAAAGGAGCUUAUAUAAAAUAUCACUGUUUUUGACAAGGAGCACUGUACACUUACCAGGAAUAAAUUACAUUUAGAGAGCACACACAUGCACAAAAUCCAUAUGCCUCUGCAAAAUAGUAUAAAAAUGAAAAGAACGCCAGCUCAUAGUGGACACCUUAUUUUAAAAUUUUGUCUUCUUGGGGAACAUCAAAUAAUUCUCUUUUAUUGAAAGUUAAUUUUGUCUGAUAUCUUUUACAUCUUGUCUGACUGGCAUACCUUUCUUCCCCUCAUUCUUCUACUGAAGACUUUUCUGUGAGUAUAUGUAAAUUUAUAUGUAAAUUUUAGAUGUGUUUCUAAUAAACGACCUAUGGUAAGAGUUCACAUUUUUCUUAUCCUGUCUGACAAUGCUGUGUGCUUUUCCGUCUGUGAUGCUGGAUUUGUCCUGCCUUUCCCAGUCUCAGGCAGCCUUCAUAUGGCGGCUUACUGGGCUUUUAUCAGAGUCUGAGGGAAAAA